AUGGUAUACAAUGAGGCGUCUAAAAAAUGGCAGCCACCACUUGGAACUGAUGGACAAAUCUCAAAGGUGGAAAUCAUGCAAAACAGCCAACGACCAUCUUUUCGAAUAGUAUCGGCGCGCGAGACCGAUGGAAAAUGGCUUUUAAAUUGCAAUAUACAUCACAAACUGAAGUAUCAUAGCGCGACGGCGACAUUCCAUCAAUGGCGUGAUGAGCAUCGGCAGGUUUAUGGACUCAAUUUCCAGUCGGAAUCCGAUGCGCGAACGUUUGUUUCCACGAUUGGACAGGCGAUAGAUUAUCUGACGCAUCAAGGCCUCAAUCAUCCUAACGAUUAUCAGCAGCCACAACCCGCCGACAACGUUUAUCAGGAUCCUCACCAACACAUUAUGCAUAUUCAAUCUGCACCUGCCUUCGAUCACAAUGCACACCACCAUGAUGAAAAUCAGAAUGCAAAUUUUAGGAAAAUUUCACAACACGCCAAUUCUAUAGCAUCAUCAUACCUUACGCAACAACAAAGGAGAGCAUCGCAGAGUUCUAAUACGAGCAGUGGAAAUGCUAUGUAUCAACAUCAUCAUCAUCAGGAACAGACGGAUUCAAGACAAGGCUGGAAUAAUGGACCAAUCCAAUCCAAUAACAUUCCUCCUGCGCCUUGCGCACCGCCACCAAUGGCGCCACCUUCUAAUUCCGUUCCACCUGCUCCACCUCCGCCACCCGGUGGAAUUCCUCCUGUUAAUUCCGGUGCACCUCCGCCCCCACCACCUCCGCCGCCAAAUUUGGGACUUGCCGCAAUGAAUAAAGGAACAAGUCUUGCCGAUCAGUUGAAGGCACGAGGUCAACAGCUGAAACCGAACGGCGGAUCUUCGAAACCCGCGCAAGAGCCGGAGAAACCAGCUGCACCAGCUGGAGCUGGCAAUUUGAUGUCAGAACUUGCUGCGCAUAUCAACAAACGUAAAAUGACGCAGGCCAAGGCGGAUGCUGUCGAUUCCAAGUCGAAUACGAGCAACGGAUCAUCGGAUAGCGGAUGUGGAACAGCAACAUCAACAAACGGAUUCUCCAAUGGAGGAUCGCUUGGAUCGGCGACCGCCAAGAAAUGGUCUGUGUCUGAAGCUAAACCCACCGAGAGUCCAAAAACUCAUAGAAAGUUACCUUCCGCUUCGUCACUAUUUUCACAAGAUGAUGGUCCAAAAACACCACUCGUUAAUGGAUCAGGAUCCACAAUAACCAACGAACUUUUGGACAGGUUCAGGGCUGAACUUAUGGUUGAAGUGCGUUUGGAAAUCAAUAAAGCCAAACAAGAAAUAAUCGAGGCGCUUCGUACCGAGAUCGCGAAAAAAUAA